GAAUGUUUGAAUCUAAUGUAGAUAAUUCAUGUAAGUUUUGCGAUAAAACUUGUUUGACUUGUAGUUUAUCUAACACUCAUUGUUUAUCAUGUUCAACUGUUAAUUAUAGAACAUUACAACCAGGAAAUAUAUGUGAAUGUUUAUAAGGAUAUUUUUGAAGAUUCAAUAACAAAGAAUUGUGAAUUAUGUGAAAAAUCAUGUUUAACUUGUUCUUUAUUUUCUAAUAAUUGCUUAACAUGUGAUUUCAUUCUUCAUUUAUCUUUAUUAUUUAAUUAAUGUUAAUGUUAACAAUCAUAUUACUUUAAUUCUUUGAAUAAAUAAUGUGAAUGUAAUUAUAUAUUUAUUUAUAUCUAGAAUGCAAUAUUACUUGUCUAGAAUGUCCUAAUUAUAAUUAAUGUACUUUAUGUCGAUAGACAACCAGACACUUAGAAUAGGAUCAAAAGAAAUGUUUGUGUAAUGAUGGGUUUUAUGAGACCAACUAUAUUCAAUUAUUUUUUACUAUUUUAGAAUGCCAUUUUUCAUGUGAGACAAGUGAAAAUACUAAUAGUUAUUGUUUAAGUUGCUUAGAUGUUUAUUAAAGAAUAUUAAUAAAUAAUAAAAGUUUAUGUUUAGAUGGUUAUUACGAUGCUGGAACCGAAUUAUGUUAGAAAUGUGUUAAUAUUUGUAAAACCAGUUAAUCUUCUGCCUCAACUUGCUUACCUUGCUUUAAUAUUGAAUAAUUAAGAAUACUAUAAGGAGAUAAAUGUAUAUGCUAACCUGGUUAUUAUGAUUAAAAUACUAAUAUUUGA